UUGUUUUGCAGCCUGGGUUUGAUUUACACAACUUCCGCUGAAAUGAAAAUGUGGAAAUUGUGUCUCCUCUUCAUCUUUCCACUUCUGUGCUCGACGCUCGGAGAGGACACAGUGGCAGAAGAUGUCGGUGUCCAUCAACUGCAGCGUUUGGUGGAGUUGCUGACGCACAAAGAGUGCGAGGACCUUCUGGUCGUCCUCUCUCAGCCGGAGGAGAACAUCUUCCAGCAUCUCGAGCGCCUCUCACCAGGGAAAAACCAGCUGGAUCUCAAACCGCGGGCCAAGAGGGACACAUCUUCCUCUGAGGAUAGCGAGGCCGAGUGCCGGACGGCCCUGACAGACUGGCUGCUGAGAUACGGCGAGCGGAUCUACUACGACAAGCUUUCUCGCUCCUUGCAGCAGGUCGGCAGAACCGACAUCGCCAUUGAAGUGGGGACGAACAUCAACGAGGACAAAACCUUGAACCUGAAGCGCUACGUUGACGACUAUCACACGUACGUGAGCUCGUUAAACGUCCCAUCAAUCCAGUCGGAUGCGAAUCGCCAGGAGGAUGCAGGUCACAGGAGAAAAAGAAAAAGGAAAGUCAAGGAUCUGUCAUGGCGUGACCUGGACCUGGUUGUGGAGGUGGGUCCUGUGCCUCCAUACCUGAAGGGACCGUUGGAUGUGGUUCUGCCCGUCCUGUACGGCGUGCUGCUUGGGUUCGGAGGCUCCUUGUUCGUCGGUGUCUCUGUCUUCCUCAUCGCCAUCCACGUCUCCCACAGAGCCGCCGCCACCGCCGCCACCGGCAGCUCUGGCUCCAAGCUCAAGGUCUGAUAUGUAGGAUGCAGCUCCUGGGAGGUCACA